CGCGCAGCAGCGAUGGAGAAGUAUGAGAAAAUCAAAGUUGUUGGAAGAGGAGCUUUCGGGAUUGUCCACCUGUGCCGCAGACGCAGCGACGGCGCUUUGGUCAUCCUGAAGGAGAUCCCGGUGGAGCAGAUGUCACGAGACGAACGCCUGGCGGCCCAGAACGAGUGUCAAGUGCUCAAACUGCUCAACCAUCCAAAUAUCAUCGAGUACUAUGAAAACUUCCUGGAAGACAAAGCCCUCAUGAUAGCGAUGGAGUACGCACCGGGUGGGACUCUGGCUGAGUACAUCCAGAAGCGCUGUAAUUCCCUCCUGGACGAGGACACCAUCCUUCACUUCUUCGUGCAGAUCUUGCUCGCUCUGUACCACGUGCACAACAAACUCAUCCUGCACCGCGACCUCAAGACGCAGAACAUUCUGCUAGACAAGAACCAGAUGAUCGUCAAAAUCGGAGACUUCGGCAUCUCCAAAAUCCUCGCCAGCAAGAGCAAAGCUUACACGGUGGUUGGGACUCCGUGCUACAUCUCCCCUGAGCUGUGUGAAGGAAAGCCGUACAACCAGAAGAGUGACAUCUGGGCUUUGGGCUGCGUGCUGUAUGAGCUGGCCAGCCUCAAGAGAGCCUUCGAAGCUGCUAAUCUACCUGCCCUCGUUCUAAAGAUCAUGAGCGGAAGCUUUGCUCCGAUCUCAGACCGGUACAGCCCGGAGCUCAGGCAGCUCGUCCUCACCAUGCUCAAUCUGGACCCGUCUAAACGGCCUCAGCUCAACGAAAUCAUGGCUUUGCCCAUCUGUAUCCGUCCUCUUCUCAACCUCUACACGGACAUAGGCAGUGUGAAAAUGCGCAGAAUUGAGAAACCUCUGUCUGCUGUCCAACCUGGUCCUCAGGGCCACCCAGGAGGGAGAGUCCCCAUCAACAGGUCUCGAGAUGGAUCAACUGGUUUGGGAUCAGGAAAGCUGGACUCCCUCCCGCUGUCCUCGGUGUACACGUGGGGAAGUGGCAUCACCGCGCCUCUUCGUCUGCCGAUGCUCAACACCGAGGUGCUCCAGGUGUCUCUCGGGCGCACCCAGAAGAUGGGAGUCACCAAGUCCGGCCGCCUGAUAACCUGGGAGGCUCCGUCGGUGGUGUCUGGUGAACCAGGUCUUCCUGGCGCGGUGGAACAGAUGCAGCCGCUGUUCGUUUCUCGCUUCCUCGAGGGUCAGUCUGGUGUCACCAUCAAGUCCGUGUCCUGUGGUGAUCUCUUCACCACCUGCAUGACAGACAGGGGCAUCGUCAUGACAUUUGGAAGUGGGAGCAACGGCUGUCUGGGACAUGGGAACUUCAACGAUGUAACACAACCUAAGAUAGUGGAGGCUCUUCUGGGCUACGAGUUGGUCCAGGUGUCCUGUGGAGCAUCCCAUGUUCUCGCUGUGACCAACGAGAAGGAAAUAUUUGCGUGGGGACGAGGAGACAACGGACGCCUUGGUUUAGGGACGCAGGACACCCACAACUGUCCGCAGCAGGUGUGUUUACCUGCAGAGUUCGAGGCCCAGAGGGUGGUGUGUGGUGUGGACUGCUCCAUGAUCAUCAGCUCUCAGGGCAGCAUCAUGGCGAGCGGAAGCAACAGAUUCAACAAGCUGGGUUUGGAUAAGAUCACAGCAAAAGACGAACCGACUCCUGCGAAUCAAGUAGAAGAAGUUCAUUCUUACAACCCGGUCCAAUCAGCCCCGCUCAGCACCGACAGGAUCGUUCACGUCGACAUCGGAACAGCCCAUUCUGUUGCCGUUACAGGAGGUGGUGAGUGUUACACUUUCGGCAGCAACCAGCACGGUCAGAAGGGCUGCAGCUCGCCGCGGAGCAGCCGCGUGCCGCACCACGUGUCUGACCUGAAGGACAUCACCGCAGCCGCCUGUGGGGACGCCUUCACGCUGGCCAUCAGAUCAGACGGGCAGGUGUAUACGUGGGGAAAGGGGGCCCGCGGCCGCCUCGGAAGGAAGGAGGAGGAAUGUGGGACGCCAAAGCCAGUACAGCUCGACGAGAGUCGCUCGAUGGCGGUGACAUCAGUGGCUUGUUGUCAUGGAAACACUCUGCUGGCAACCUGCAGUCAGAAGGAGCAGCUCCGUUCCUGCAGCUGUCUUUGUUUCCUGCAGGAGGAGGAGGAGCGGCAGCAGGAGGAGGAGGAGGAGGCGCCUCCUGAAGAAGAGCCCCGAUCGGAAGGAGGAAAGAUAUGA